UUCCCUCCUCUUUCGAAUGUUCAUCUUCUCCAUAACCGGAGCCACAGUGACGAUAAUCAAGCACUUGAAGGACCCCAUGUCACCCGUCUUCAUGUACAACGUUCUCUCCAAAAUCUCAUCUUCCCCCUGUUACAACUCCGUCUUCCUCACGAUCUCCGUCACCUUUCAAGGUCUUUACAUAAUUUACGAUUUAGGAUUCAUGGUCCAACUUGCCGCCACGUGUCUCAACUUUUGCCGAAUAUUGGAAACCUGCAUCGGCCUGAUAUCCUUCCGGGAAGAAAAAUCCGGGAAGUUUGAAUUGUUGGCGGAAAUGGAGCAAUCCUUGGCAUAUUAUAAACGCUUGGACGAAUUAGUGACACAAUGUAAUAAAUUGUUCGCUUGGGUUUUAGCCAUUUCAUUUGGUGGGUACUCCUUGAUGGGUUGUAUUGUCGCAUAUUUGCCAAUACAUUACUGGACUUCGUCAAGCCCGUUAAGUUUGCUGGGAUAUGUUUUCCUCUUUUUCACAGUAGUGUACAUUUUUUGUCGCGUAAUUCCCGGCAUGGGUGAGGUUUACGAGGUUUCGAAAAGUUUCCAGAUGUCGUGGCUGAGAGGGGUGGCGUACUCGAGGGGGAGUUUGAAUCUGGUUGUGGAACAGAAGAAUUAUUUGGAAUUGCUGAAGAUGAGAUUGGACGCGUGCAUUCCGUUCGGAUUUCGGUGUGGAAAUUUUUUCAUUAUUAAUACUGCUACGAUUUUGACCUUCUUUUCAGCCAUUUCGACAUAUUUGAUCAUCAUGCUUCAGUUUGGUAUUAAGUAACAAACGUGACUAAUAAGGCGAGUAAUA